AUAACUGUUUUUAAAGCAAUAUUCAUCAGACUUCUGCAAAAAACGGACGAACCAUGUCCGAGUCUGCCGUAUCAUCAUCAACUGAGACUUCCAUUGAUACGACUACGAGAAGAAAAAGCUUAUGUUCAUUUGCAAAUUUGCUCGUGAUAUCAUUGGUUUUGCCAGUUGUUCUAGCAGUCGUCGUCUACCAAGUCGACCCCUUCAAUCCUGCUCCUUACCCGGCCCACGAAUUAACUCAGAAAAAGCCCCUCGCGGUGCCUAAACGAAACGCUCAAGUGCUUAAAGGAGCUGAGAAGAUUGGAGUUGGAGAAUUGUUGGGACCAGAAGACAUAGCUUAUGACCCCAAGUCAGGUAAACUGUACACUGGUUGUGCUGAUGGCUGGAUCAAGCGAGUCACGGUGAGCGAGUCAGCUGCAGACUCGGUCGUCGAGAAUUGGUUAAACACUGGCGGCCGGCCUCUUGGACUGGUCCUUGGACUUCAUGGUGAACUUAUCAUAGCUGAUGCUGAUAAGGGAUUGUUGAACGCAACAGAAAAUGGAGAAAUUCAAUUGCUGACGGAUGAGGCUGAUGGUACAAAGUUUAAACUAACGGAUGGGGUAGAUAUUUCAGAGGAUGGAACUAUCUAUUUUACAGAUGCUUCGUCCAAGUACAGCAUCUCUGAGGUUGCUAGGGAUUCUCUUGAAGGUAGACCUUAUGGUAGAUUCUUGAGCUAUAAUCCAUCAACUAAAGUGACUCAAGUGCUGGUGCGAGAUCUGUAUUUUGCUAAUGGAGUAGCCGUUUCACCGGAUCAAGAUUUUGUUAUAUUUUGUGAAACACGAAUGAGAAGGUGUAAAAGAUAUUACUUAAAGGGUGAAAGAAAAGGAUCAGUGGAUACAUUUGUUGACAAUUUGCCUGGGAGGCCCGACAACAUCCGGUACGAUGGAGAAGGCCAAUAUUGGAUUGCUUUAACCAUGGAAGCUACAUAUGCUUUGGAGCUUGUACAAAGGCACGCCUUCAUCCGGAAGAUCAUGGCAAUUGCCGGAAAGUAUUUAGACCGACCACCACGACUAUUGCAGAAAAAUGGAGGGGCUUUCGCUGUUGAUUUGGAAGGAAAACCUACGGCUCGAUACUAUGAUCAUGAUCUAGCACUUGUUACAGGUGUUGUUAAAAUCGAAAACUAUAUAUACUUUGGUUUUAUCAUAAAACCCUACCUCAUUCGUCUUAAUAUGGAGCAAAAUCCAGCAGUCAUUCCCUGAAUGAUGAGUGAGUUUCCAGCUGUAGGUUUUGCUAUAGCCCGAAAAAGGUCGUAUAUCUCGGUCAUAUUUCGUUCGUUGUUAAUGUACUCUGAGCUAUGGCAUUGGGGUUUAGGUUGUAAAGUUGUAUCCUUUACUUAGAAUUGAUGA